AGAAUAUUUACUCAUAGAAACCAUAUAAAAGAAAUAUUUUUGUACCAUACUCCAGCAUUUGUCCUUGCAGUUACCGUCUGUAGCUCCUGUUAUUGUGAUCAUCGUUGUUAUCUGUUACUUUAUCGGUUGUUGCUGGUGUUGUUUUAUUCAAUCAUAUUCUUUAAACUGGAAUAUAUUUUCUUAAUUUUAUUGUUCGUGUAGUAAGCUACGAAAUUCUUACAUUCUCUCGUGGUCCCAGCAGACAAUGGAAAAAGGCAAGGUUGGAUGCAUUGGGACGGGCACUCUGACUGAAUCCCAGGAGCUCACAGCAUCUUUUCGAGGCCGUCCCUUAAAUGGUAAAAUUUUGACACCUCCUCAAGGAUAUGAAAGUAUGAUUGUAAAAGAGAAAAAAGUACCACUGUCUGAAGAAGAGGAUAGACAAUUUUCUAUUGUUGCCAGAGUUCCUCAGUUUACGUAUUGGAAUCUUGAUAAGCCUACUACAGAUGAAGACAAACUUGCUAAGGCUUUAGUUUUUACAGAAAUAGCUCGUGAGCUCCAUCAACGAGAAGAGGUGGAGGAAAAUGAUGAAUGUAAAAAUGAUGGCAAUUGUAGUACAGAUUAAUAGUUUGCAGUUUAAAAAGCCAGAUAAAGAACAAUGCAGUUUAACAUCAAUUACAGCACUGCAAGUAAAUUUGGCUCUAAAAUGAUUACUCUUUGUCUUCUGUGUACAUAGAAAAAAAUGUAUUGUGUAUGUUUGUGUGUGUCCGUCUGUAUAAUGUAUAUAUAAUAUAAGGGUGCACCUUUUUGAUGCAAGUCUGAUGAAGUGCCACUCCAAUGUAAUUAACUGCACAUUUUGCAUAACGUUUCAUAUGAAAUUAUUUAUGUGCAAUUAUGUUAGAAAUGAAGUGGUACCAAAACAAUUGUAACUAAUAAUAAAGAUGUGUUAAAUCCC